AUGAGUUCCGGUAUCGGAAGUUUAGUGAAGGUCAUCUUCAAGAACUUCGACGUCAUUGCCGGACCUGUGAUUAGCUUGGUUUAUCCUCUAUACGCGUCAGUAAGGGCAAUAGAGUCGAGGACUCAUGGAGACGACAAGCAAUGGCUCACUUAUUGGGCUCUUUACUCACUUAUCAAACUCUUUGAGCUCACUUUCUACAGGCUCAUCGAAUGGAUCCCGUUAUGGCAAUACGCCAAGCUAGCCUUAACUUGUUGGUUGGUCUUACCGGGCUUAAGCGGUGCUGCUUAUGUCUACGAGAACUAUGUGCGUUCAUUCCUUUUAAGCCCAAAUAAUAUUAACAUAUGGUACGUGCCCGCUAAGAAGGACGAAGACGACUUAGCAGCGGCUGCUGGGAAAUUUACUCCGGUAAAUGAGCCUCUUGAGAAGUGUGUUAGCACGGUGGAUACAUCGGCCAAAUAUGUUGGUCACUCAGCCUUUGAUGAUACCUAUACCUACUAA